GUAGCGGUCUCGACUUGUAAACAGCCUGUGACGCAAUAGGCGCAUGCGCAUUUCCCCAAAGUAGCAUUACGACGGGGAGCACGGAUUGUCGCAACACCAGCUGUCAGACAUCUGCCGCAGAGAGAACUUCUCGUGCGUUGCUGCUGCUGCCGCUGCUGCUGCUGCUGCUGCUGCUGCUGCUGCUGCUGCUCUGGACUAUUGCAGUAAUAUGCAGCAUGACCCUGCCAGGAGGUCGUCCGUGUCCCUGCUCUGUGGACGAAGAGCCUCCCCGAAAGCCUUUGACGACUCUCAGAACUUUGCUGAAACAUUGCCGAUGGAGAUGAGCGUGAGGAUCUUCGGAGAGCUGGAUGCAGAGAGCCUCUGCAGCGCCUCACGGACCUGCAGACUGUGGCGGGACAUCAUCGAGCAGAGCGAGCAGCUGUGGAGGCGGCAGUGUCUGCUGGUGCGGGCGGUCUGUCAGAGGGAGGUGGACAAAGACCGGGGGGACGGCUUCUCCUGGAAGGUAACUCUGGUGAGAAACUACACCCGGAGCUGUGCGAAGAGAGACUGGCUGAGAGGCCGAUACAGCAGCGUGAGCUCAGCCGACGAGCUGCUGGGGAGGAAAAUGGUACCGUUUGAUGCAGAGACGUGGGGAGAGAUCCUUCAGGCCGAGCUCAACAGGUGAAACCGGAGCACCUGAAGCACUUCUAGGCUCAGAUUAGAACUCUAAUAUAUCUUAUUUUAUUUUUUUAUUUCAACAAAUGUACAUAUUGUUUUAAAAGCUUUUAUAUGGACUGUGAAAACCGCUGUAAUUAAAACCCCGUUUGUAGAAA